CGCGUUAAAGCCCACUCAUGCCUUCACAUCUCACCAAACGCGACCGAGCACGACAACCAUUCCCUCCACCACACUAUUCGUCCACCACAUUGUUUGUCCACCACAUUGUAUCUACCACACUGUUCGUCCACUACAUUGUUCGUCCAUUACACUGUUCGUCCACCACACUAUUCGUUUACCAUACUAUUCGUUUAUUACACUAUUCGUCCACUACAUUAUUCGUUCAUUACAUUGUUCCUUUACCACACCAUUCCCACCAUGUUUGAGGCCGGGAAUGACCGCGCGGGCUUUCCCCCAGCAGAUGUUGAUAAAAUGAUCGCCGGGUGUCGGGAUUUUACGACAUAA